GCCCCUAUAUAUAUGUUCAAAAUCUCUUAUUUGGUCUUUACUAAUCACUGGUACAACUACAAACUUCUCUAAAGUUUUUUCACUCAUUCAUCAAUUCCCUCAUCACCCCCAUUUUCACCUUUUUCACUCACUUGAGAACAAAAACCAUGAACAAAUUCAAGAAAUCUCAAGUUGUAAUGCUCUUCCUUCUAGCUGUUCUUCUCAUUAUCACACCUCUCUUGUCCUCUUCACUAAGGCCUACUUACCUCUACUUUGUAAUUAACAUACUCAUUAUCGCCCUCGGGGCCGAGGCAGGCCUUCUUUCAUCCUUCUCCAACCCUUCUGAGGACAGAAAGCAGACUGUUUUGGCUGCACCAAAACCUUUGGCAUCCUCAGAAGUCUCUCCUGAUAAUGGUGUUGUUCGGACCACUAAUGACAAAGUAGUUGCGCCUGCAAGUACUGAAAAGAAGGCUAAAGUUGUCGAGAAAUCUGCCUCUGAGAAAUUUGUAGGAUCUGUGAAAAUUGAUAAGGUUACAAAGUGUCCCUCCAUGCCAAGCCUUUUCUUCAUAGGAGGUGGAGAGAGUGAAGCUGAAGAUGUGGCUGAGGAAGCUUAUGCUGAAGAAGAAGUAAAAGGAGAAGAAAAAGAUGGGGAGGAGGAGGUCAGUGAGCAAGAGCUGUUUACUAAAGCCGAGACUUUUAUUGGGAACUUCUACAAGCAGUUGAAGAUGCAGAGAGAGGAUUCGUGGAAGAGGAUUCAUGGGUUCUAUCAGAAGGCCUUUUGAGUUGAGUUUUGAGCAUUAAUGCUAUAUCAUAAUAUUUUGCCAUUCUAGGCUAUACCAUUGGUUUUAGGGUAAUCAUGAUUGGGUAGAGGAGAACCACAUUAUUCUUUCAUGGUUCCUACUUUCACUUUUUUGUACAAAAUAUUUUGGUUGCUACUGAUAGUGGUCAUGCUUGUUUUCCGUUUUUUCUUCA